AUUGCAAUCUCUUCUAUACAAACCACCACAACCAUCGUUCUUCACACACAUCACUCACACCGUGCCAUAACGCUUUGCGGUUCCUUGAAGAAGGACCCUUCUCUUUGCGCGUGUCCCGUUCUCUUCUCCAAUCCCCCACCAUCUCUGUGAUUUGGUCCUAAUACAGUUUAUUAAUAUAUCCAUGAGUACUACUAUGGAGGUUAAGCUCUGGAAUGACAAGCGCGAGAGAGAAAUGUAUGACAACUUUGCUGAGCUUUAUGCUAUUAUCAAAGCUACUGAGAGACUUGAAAAAGCCUAUGUUAGAGAUAUAAUCUCGCCGCAGGAAUAUGAAUUAGAGUGCCAGAAGCUGAUAGCUCAUUUCAAAACCUUAUCUUCCACCCUGAGAGACACUGUGCCUAGCAUUGAUCGAUUUGCAGAUACUUACAGGAUGGAGUGCCCGGCAGCAAUUAACCGCCUCGUGGUAUCUGGCGUGCCUGCUACCGUUGAGCACCGGGCCGCUUCUACCGCCUCAGCAUCCACCUCAGCUGCCACUGUGGCUGAGUGUGUGCAGAAUUUUAUUACAUCAAUGGAUUCCUUGAAACUUAACAUGAUUGCUGUGGAUCAGGUGCACCCGUUGCUCUCGGACCUUUAUGCUUCACUGAAUAAGUUGACGAUUUUGCCGCCAGAUUUCGAAGGGAAAACAAAAAUGAAGGAAUGGAUUGCAAGGUUAUCAAAGAUGGGUGCAGCUGAUGAAUUAACAGAACAGCAGGCUAGGCAGCUUCACUUUGAUCUUGAGUCUUCUUACAAUUCCUUUAUGGCAGCUCUGCCCAAUGCUGGUACGUGAUUGAGUCGGGGGUGGAGCUUGUAAAGUAAAUCAGUAAAUUGCUACUAUUGUUGAUUGGAAAGGGAUUUUCUAUUUGGUGACAGCUUAUACAUUUUAAAAGCUGGACCCUGGAUAUUUGCUAUGGUGAUUAUUGAAGCUUUCUUUUAUCUUGUGGAUGAGCUUUGAGCUUUGGCUUUCUUUCCUGCUGUUGUUUUGCUUGAAUUUGAGUUUCUCUGUACUUAGCAAGAGCGAAAUCUUAUAGAAACUUGACUUGAGUUUGUCUUUAUAUUUCUUUUAUGUUAAUAGAUGUAUUUCAACAUUACUCCUGAAUCAGAACAUAAGGUGUUAAAGGUA